UGUUGACAGAAGUUUGCAGUGCAGCUUGGUGCAGACACGUCAACCCAUUGGUUGCAUUAUAUCACGUGUGUGGAUCGAAAGAUGGCGUCUCCAAAUGGAGGUGAUGAUUUUGAAUCAUCUCUGCUGAGUUUUGAGAAGCUGGAUAGAGCAUCUCCUGACCUAUGGCCAGAGCAAUUGCCAGGAGUCGCAGAUUUUGCUGCAUCAUGCAAAAAUCCAAUUACCAAUUCUCCGCCCAAAUGGAUGGCUGAACUGGAGAGUGAGGACAUUGAAAUGUUAAAAGAGCUGGGGAGCCUGACCACAGCCAACCUGAUGGAGAAGGUCAAAGGGCUACAGAACUUGGCCUACCAGCUGGGCCUUGAGGAGUCCAGGGAGAUGACCAGGGGAAAGUUCCUGAACAUCCUGGAGAGACCCAAAAAGUGAAGACCCAGGAUGUGUCUGCACAGAGAGUAAUACAACACCCAGACGACUGACUUGAGACAGAAGAGGAGUCAGACCUAUGCCUUUAUGUAUACACUCAUACUACUACUACCACCAUCAAGUCCCUGGAUUUGAAUAUUGACACUGGGGCUAAAUUCAUUCACUGCGGAGUUCCCCUCGAGUCAAAGGGCUGCAACACUUUUCACCCUCUGACCUGUACAUUUAUUUUGUCCUCAAAGGCAGUUCCAUUUACUUUUAGAAUGAUUUGAAAUGGUGAAUUACUUUCCUGUUUAGCUAGCUUGCAGGACUGUUUUGAAAUGUGUAUAUUCUGUAUUUAUAAUUUUUCUAUUUGGAGCAUUCAAAAAAAAAAAGUGCAAUUUGUCAAAGAAAAUUGUGUAAUUCCUUAAAAAAUUGAAUAAAUUGCUCCCUCUUUUAGGCUAUAACAUGUUUAUUAAUUGUCCUUGUAAUUGGUAAUUACCCUCAGUGUGCAUCUAUUGAUACAAUUUCAUCUUUCAAUGGUUUAGGAUACAAUUAAAUUCACUUUAGAAACUGG